AACUCUUCGGUAUCUGCACUUCAGUGGGCGAUACUUGUCCUCACGGACGCGUGGCUUAGGUCACGCGCACCUCCCCUUCCUCCCCCCAUCAACGUGGCUGACGAAUUCUUCGACUGCUCUCGACUUGAGCACGCCUUCGAUACCCAGGAUCAGGUUGACGUCUCUCGUGACGACCCAAAGAGCAGCGAAGACAGACCUCCCUUCUUCAUCUGUGAUCGGCAACCGUGCCCUAAUCGCACUCCACGGUCCAUCACUGUUGACGAAGGGCACUUCGUACCAAUCCGACGAGUCCAACACCCUCGCGGCCCUGCACUCCGAUACGCUGGCACCUCGAGAUCUACAUCUUGCCACGUCACUCCCGUCCCAUCCCGACCUGCCUCGCCAGGCACCCGCAUCCCCCAACCUGUCGCCAGUACAGGUCAAGCGCGAGGAGAUCCCCAUCUCCCUCGAGGAACUGAGGCAGUCGCACAGCCUACAGCGACCCCUCAAGCGAUCCCCCAGCCCUCCCUGGGGCCGCGGUUGGAAAGGCCUCCCAAGACCGAGCCCCGCGACACUCCGCCGCAUUCUUGGGCCAGCUCGUCGUCAGCGGUCACCACCUCGACUUCAGUCCCUGUCCUACGUCACCCCGCCUCCGGGCUUCCUCAACCGACUUCACCGCCGUCGCCGCCGCGAGGCCGCUCAAGCACUCGUUCCUCAAGAAGUCCGCCCGGCGGACAGUCACAACAGUCGCCUUCGUCCGCGGGCAGUCCUUCGUCCCCCUCGUCGCCGAUAAUGUCCUCUCCCGCUGCCGUACCUGAUAAGGAGACGUUGAAGCUCCUCCUCCCGCUCCGAUACGAUGGGAAGUCGGUGAUCGAAUGCAACCGCUUCAUCUCGCAGUUGCUCAUCUACUGGAUGAUCAACACGGCCCUCUCUUCCCUCGAGCUGAAGAUCCAGGUUGCCCUCAGUCUCCUCGAUGGUGACGCGCGAGCUUGGGCCACCCCCAUCUUCUCCCAGCUUGCCUCCGUCCAAAUCGGGAUCCAGGGAGCAACAACCCCCUUCGUCGACGAAAAAGCCUUCCUUCAGGCAUUCAAGGCCCGUUUUGGCAACCUCGACGACGCCGCCGCGGCACAGGUAGAGCUUACCAAGCUCUGCUCCGACAAAACCAUGCGCGAAAAGCGCACCACCGCAGAAUUCUCUGCGCUGUUCAAGGGUCCGGCAGACCGUUCCGGGUAUGGGAACCUGGAACUACGCGACAAGUACCUGAGCGGCAUCCCUUCCCGCGUCUAUCGCAAACUCGAGCUCGAGACCUUCGCCACGUGGCAAGCCGCUGACAAGCGCGCCACCGAGGUCGAGCAAAUCCUCGACGUUAGCCGGGCU